AUGGCUGCUCAUGCUCAUAGCGGGACCAGUAAUCCCCGCAAUAACGCGUACAGUGGACCCUUAUCCCCGUCGGGUGGUGUGACUACAGCGGGGUCGGUGAGCGACAGCAGCAAGGCGGCCAGCGCGUUAUGGCUCAUGGCAUCGCACUUCGAGAGUACACGUCAGAUUCCGCAGCUUGUGAAGUGCCUGGAAGCGGUGUGUCAGAGCCCCCAGCCGUUCCUCCCACUCGUGGAGGUUCGCACGCGCUGCUGGCUGGCCCACGUGUUGCUCAAACACUCCCGCAACGUGCUGCACGCCAAGGCGCAUCUCGAGAGAGCGCAAGUGCUUCUGAAGGCCAUUCCUGGGAACAUCCCCCUCAAGUGCACAGCCCUCUCUCUGCUCGCCACGUGUUACCACCUGAUUGGCCACGCCCAUUUUCACAAGCACGUGCUUCAAAAGGGCAUCGAUUUAGUCACCCACCAGCUCGCCACCCUCCCACGCUCGGACUCCCAAGCCUGGGGAUCAGCCUCGGGCUCCGAGCCAGGUCCCAGCUCGGUUGCAGGGCCGGGAGGAGGCUUGGGUGGAGGUUCGGGUGGUGGUUCGGCUGGGGAGCUGGCUCGGUGGAUGGGGGUGUUUUCAGUGGGGAUGGCAGGGCGGUUGCUGGGGGAGGGGGAUGUGGAGGGGGCUGCUGGCUCGUUGGCGAAGGGGAUGGCUGCCGUGCAAUCGACAGGGGAUAGGGGCAUGAUGCUCCUGCUAUCCGCUUCCCUGCUUCACAUUCGCAUCUCGACCGUCCAUCACACGCCACAGCAAAUCUCAGCCGUUCUUUCAGACUGCACCUCGCUGUGGCAGCAGAUCCUGCCACGUCAGCAGCCAGACUACCGUGGCCUGUUCGUCUACGUCCAAUUGCUGGCUGCCACGUGGCACCUCCGCGUGGCUGACUACAACCAGGCCAAGGCUGACGUGGCAGCAGCAGAGGAGGCACUGGCGGGAAUAAGUCCCGCUGCAGCGGAUCGUGAGGCGCCAGCUGGCAGCUCGCCAGUUGCUGCGUCAGCGCCAUGUCAGCAGCAGCAGCAGCAGCAGCAGCAGCAGCAGCAGCAGCAGCAGCAGGGAGGGAAUGUGCAUGCACAGAGACUCGGGCAGGAUACAGGAGCAGUAAGAGCAGUGGGUGCAGCAGGAGCAGUGGCCCCAGGGGAAGCAGGAGAGGCGGCAGGUGCAUGUUACAGGGACGAUCCAUUGAUGCGGUUACCACUCGGCCCGCCCCACGUGCUCAAUGCUGAUUGGCUGCCGCUGCCAGCUGUCAGGGCGGUGGCGGGCCUGCUAAAGGUCAUGCUUAGCCGCCCGGGAGGAAAGCUCCUGGAAGCUGAGGGGGCGUUGAAGGAGGAGAGGGAGAUGCUGCGAGAUGAGCUACACCGCAUUGGAGUCCUCCCAGGCUCUACAGAGUCGAGUUUGGAGCCAUGGAGUGUGGCGUGGGCAGGCACGCUCCUGCUCUUGCUCCUCUACGUCUUGGAGGCCCAGGCGGUGCUAGCGCUGACUUCAACAGAAUACCCUCUUUCACAACGGGUGCUGUUGGAAAUUUGUGACUGGUCGAGUCGCUUCCCGACCCUGCUGGCCUCGUUCGGGCCGAACCUCCACCUCCUGCUCGGGCAGUACGCCCAUGCCACCAUCGACCUUCCAAUUGCAAUCCGCCACUUCAGCACCGCUGCUGCCAAGGCAGCGUCCUCCUCCCCCCACCACCUCCACCACCGCCCCAUCCGCUGCCUUGCUCUAUGCCUCUCUGCCAUCGUGCACCUCACCAUCGACGACCCUACCCAUGGCCACAUCUCCCAGGCAGUGGACAUUCUAUCAGCUCUGGAGCAGGAAGAAGCGCAGCACGCCCAAACGCGGCAGCUGCAGCAGCAGCAGCAACAAGCGGGAGCAUUGCCAUCACAAUCAGCAGCAGUGUCAGCAGGAGACGAGAGGAAGAGGGAGGAGUGCGCGCAGUUGCUGGCAACGGCUCUGCUGGCGCUGAGACAGGGCAAUCUGCACGGGAGCAGCAGGGGAGGGGAGGAAGAGGGAGCAGUGCGCUCAGCUGCUGGCAACGGCGCUUCUGGCGCUGAGACAGGGCAACCUGGUGGAAGCAAGGUGGGUCUGUGGCUGUCUCGACUCGCCAAAGGGCUGUUGGUGACUCACCGCCAGCUCAGCAACCACCAGAUUGCCGCCCAUUUCCUGCUGGCCAUAGGCGGCAUAGCCCUGCGCACCAGCGACCUCGUUGGAGCAAAGGACAUCCUGAGAUCGGGGUUGACGCUUUUCCGGGCGGCGAGGGAUACACAGGGCGUGGUGGCUGUUGCGGCAGAGCUAUCACGUGAGUUUGAAAGGGGGGGGGGGGAAGAGGUGGAAAGGGAUGCAAAGACCUUGUUGGAGCAAAGGACAUCCUGA